AUGUCUGAUAGAUCACAGAGUCCCGAGUGCCAGAGCAGGCCCUACGAUUUCAGCCGCGCCGGCCCUUGCGCUCAGUCUUUGGGUCAAGAUGCGUCAUUCCAGCUUCCUCACGGCGUUUUGCCAGACCCGAGCCUCCUCUACAACAAAUCCGCGUACGGUGGCAUCACGUCGGCCUCUGCGCAGACAUUCUUCCCUUUCCCACCCAUGGCUGGGGACUACAGGGGAGCCGACCUGCAGGCUGGAGAGUUUGGGCAACCCAAGCAUUGGUAUCCCUUCGCUGCGACCGAGUACACCGGCCAGGUACCCGGCGUAACGGCAGCGUCCCAGCCUACAAACCUGAGUCCCCCCAUAGCCGAGACCCGGGAGCAAAUCAAAAUGCCCGAGAUCAAGACCGAGAAGGACACCGGCGAUGACUACUCAGCGGAGAUCAAGGGUCAGCAGUACCUGACAUCGUCGGCCUCCGCCGCCAUGGCCCAUGGAGUCUUCUACCCCGCGGCCUGGAACCCGUCCUUCUGGCCUGGGAUCGCGCACAUCACCCAGCCCGGUAUCAGUAAUCAAAACCCCUCCACAUCAUCUGCAUCAUCGCCGUCCAUGUCCCCUUCACCCCCGAGCAACGGGCUUCCAGGAAACGCGUUUUUCAGCGUGAACCCAACCCAAGCUGCCCCCGGUCCGCAGACGCAAAACCCGGCUACUUCAACGCGGAGCAGCGGUUCGUCCAGCGGCGGAUGCAGCGACUCAGAGGAGGAGAACCUUUCCACUGAGGAACUGGAGCAGUUUGCCAAGGAACUGAAACACAAACGCAUUACCCUGGGUUUCACUCAAGCUGACGUUGGCCUUGCCCUGGGUAACCUCUAUGGUAAGAUGUUCAGCCAGACGACCAUUUGCCGCUUCGAGGCUCUGCAGCUGAGCUUUAAGAACAUGUGCAAGCUGAAACCCCUUCUUCAGAGAUGGCUGAAUGAGGCAGAGACCUCAGACAAUCCCCAGGAUAUGUACAAGAUCGAGAGAGUAUUUGUCGACACCAGAAAGAGGAAGAGAAGGACAAGUCUGGAGGGGGCAGUGCGCUCUGCUCUGGAGUCCUACUUCAUCAAGUGUCCAAAACCCAACACCCAGGAGAUCACGCACAUUUCAGAUGACCUGGGCCUUGAGAGAGACGUGGUGCGUGUUUGGUUCUGCAACCGGAGACAGAAAGGAAAGCGACUGGCUUUGCCACUGGACGAGGAGUGCGACGGCCAGUAUUACGAGCAGAGCCCUUCCCCACUGAACAUGUCCCAUUCCCCCAUUCCCAGUCAGAGCUACCAGGUGUCCGGUUACCCCGGAGGCCCUCCUCCCACACUGUACAUGCCCUCACUUCACCGGCCUGAUGUCCUCAAACAGGCCCUUCACCCUGGACUUGUUGGUCACAUGACUGGAUAAACAUGCUCAGGUAGGCCCAGCCAAACCCACAGAUAUCCUUCCCAAGCUUUUAUGUUGGAGGCCAUCUCAAACUGGAAUGAGACUCAGUGGAUCACAGGACAAACGGUUCAAGGGCGGAGGAUCUUUCUCCUGUUCUAAUUCUGAAACUACAAAUUGCCUUGUCCACACCCUCUAAUCGCGACCAGAACCUCCACACCAGCUACUAUGAAAAUGUGGGUGCCUUUUGUGUUCUUGGAUUAAGCAUAGUAAAUAAUUUCCACUGGCUUUGGUCAUUUCAUGUUUAGAACAACCUAAGAUUUGAAUCUGUACACCAUAGACAAGUUAUGGAAUGUUGUAAAGAACCAGUUCGUUCCAUCCACUUAUACAAAAUCCUGGGUAGUUUUUCUGGGGUGCAGGUGAGAACAAUUCUGGGUUUCAAGAGAACCAAAAUAUGAGUUACAGAAUAUAUUAUUUUUUUUUACACAUGGAUCAGUAUUUGUGCAAUUCUUGUCUCCAAUCUGAAAACAGCAGCUACGGUAUUUGUCUUCCAUUUGAAAUGGAAAACGGUUUCUUAUCGGGGUAAAUUUUUUCCAUUUGUUUUGCACAAAGUUUCUUUUGAAUUGUUUAAUCUUUUCGAAAAUGUUCCUGUUUGUUUCCCAAAACAUACAUUUUUUUUUUCUGUGUCGUCGACAUCUUUUGCAAGUAUUUUUGGCAGCGAUGGCGGGAUUCAAAGUAAUAUUUUGACAAUGUGAAGAAUCUUGUUGUUCAGUGUCUUAGCUGCUAAAUCUGCCAUUUGCACUCUGUUAAUAUUUCCUCUUAUUGUCUCAGGUGAAUGGCAAUGCUAUAAA